AUGUUCUCGGCGGAGCAUCAGGUAAUACAAACAUUUUCAUGCCGUAAACAUAUGAGCUCUAUACAGAAACUGUACUUAUUUAUCGUCACAACAGCCAUGGUCGUCCUUUUCGGACCAGCGCUUUUUGUCUGCCACACGUUUGGACAUUUGAAUGUAAUUCUUUAUCUUAUCAAAACGUUUAUUAGAAACAAAAAUGGUUUAGACUUGUCAAAAAUGGGCUGGAACUGGUUGUUUUGGCAGUCUGUACACAAUGUGUCCUCCAAAACCAAGUCCGCUCGACAAAGACGAUGAUGAUGAGGAUAAAAAUGAAGACCCGGAGGACAAAAAACCACUGGAUGAAACUCCAGACAAAAAUCACGAUCCAAAUUCUUCGCAAAACCCUAGAAAUGGCCAAAAUCCGGAAAAUCCUGGUGGAGAAAAUCCGAGAAGUACAUCUCCUCCGGGAAAACCAAUGGUUUGUACAAUGAUUUGGUGUGAGAGGCAUGAUGAGAUAUUGUAGGGUUCUGAUAAGCACACCGAGUCCCAAAAGUUCUACUCCUGGCUUACGGAUUCUGGCGGAGCUGGAAACAGUGGAGACAUUUUGUUCCGACCAUCUUUGGCGUAG